AUGUUCGUUCAUCUUCUCCCUUUUGCAGUCUGUGGAGAACGCGCAAGGAUGGCCCCCGCCAAAAAAGGGAAGGGGGCGAAAGCAGCAAAGCAGAAGAAAAACACUGGGCCAGAUGAGGAAAGGUACAGAAAAGCAGUGCUGGAGGUUGAUACCCUAAAGCAGCACCUUGUUCUCCGGAGGGAUAUCGCCAGGCAGGCAAUGGCUGACAGUGAAGGACUCAAGCAGAGGCUGCUAGAUCUGGAGAAAGAACUGGAGGAGGCUCGAGGGGACAAAAAAGAUAUUUAUGAAGCUGCCUGCCAAGGUGAUCUGCUACAAAGCCAGCUGGACAAGGCAAGGAUGCUGGAAGAGAAGGACAAGGCCGUGGCCGAGAUGCAGCGCAAGGUUGACGAGAUGGAGACAGAAUAUGAAAAAAUCCUGCAUGGUAGCCUGGACUGCGUCCUCUCCAAACUGCAAAGUGCCAAGCUCACCUGGGAGAAGGAGGCUACUGUCAUCCACAUGGACUCUAAGCACCAGCUGAAGGACUUUGGUCUUAAUCCAUUGCACAUCUGAAGGGAGAGGUCAUCAGAGCAUGUGCCACCCUCCUCCUACCUAAUUCUCAACUCGCUUUGAUAUUGUGACUUAAGCUGCUAUCAGCCCCCGAACAUGUGGAAGAAUAAUAAAGUGUGUGUCUGAGCACAUGCAGAGUGCCUUUCUGUCACUAACCUUUUCUGAUGUAGUGGGGGAAGGUCUACCCUUAGCAGCAGUCAUUCUAAACAGAGGUUAAUUUUAACACGAAUCUUCCGGCUUCUUCUGUUCACAAAGUCACACCCCAAAGCAGGCAAAAAACGCAGUCUCUUGUUUGAUUCUUGCGGGGGUUCAGAGGUGUCCCAGAGCUUCUUCCUCUAAUCAGCAUGCCUUGCUUCGAGACCGCAGCGCCCGCUUGUCCAAAUCCACAGGAAGCAUUUUCAGGGGUUGGAGAGACAGAUUGCUCAACAAGGCAGCGGUGCGAUAGGGGAAAGCCAGGCCAUGUGGGAGAGAGGCUCAA